AUGCUGCGCGUGGGGUGGCUCUUCCUCUGGUUUGUCACGGGAGACAGGAUUAAAGGGCUUAACAUUUCAGGUUGCCACACCAGCCACUUUCUGUGGCAGUUCUCCGCGGACAGCGCCGAGGAGUUUGUCCUGUUCUGUGACUUCGCGGAGUCGGAGAGACCCCGCUUCCACCGCAGAGAGCCUGUCUCCCCCGCCCGGGGCCCUGCGCGCCCGCCCUGCCAGCGGCCCGGCCUGUCCGAGGCCCAGUGGUACCGCCAAGCAGGGGCCGGAGGCGCGUUACAGGAAAUCACCGGGAAGCAGUCUCACCUCCUCCUGGACAAGACGGCCCUGCGCUUCCUGACCGCGGACAGGAGCCACGAGGGCUCGUACGUCUGCAGGCCCAGGCCCAGGAGCCCCGGCGACGAGGCCUGCUGCGCCCUGACGGUCCUGCAGAUGGAGCCCCACCCGCCCUGCCCGCACCCCGGGCCCCGCACGCGCUACCUCCGGCUGGGCAGCACGGACGCCAUUCACUGCCCCGGCCUCGGCUGCGACGGGGACCCCCCGAGCCCGGAGCUGACCUGGUACCAGAACGGGACGCUGCUCUCUGAGCGGAGGAGCAACCCGCUGCAGCUGGACGCAAUCUACGACUUCCACCAGGGCACCUACGCCUGCGACUACCCCAAGGCUAAGGGGGGCAGCAACUGGACGGUCAGAGCAGUUGUCCACGUGAAAACCAUCGUGAAGAACACCACCUUCAAGCCGGACAUCGUGGAGCCGGUGCAGGAGACCCUGGAGGUGGAGCUGGGAAAGCCUCUCACUCUGAACUGCACAGCACGCUUCGGCUUUGAAGAGCACUUCGCCCCGGUGCUGAGAUGGUACAGCAAAGACGCCGGCCAGGAGCUGGAAAUCCCAGCACAGGGAGGCCGGCGCCUGAGAGCCAGCGUGGAGGUGGAAGUGAUCCGGCUCCCUCUCCGCUUGGAUAGCGUUGCCCAGAGCGACCUGCACAGGACGUUCGUCUGCUUCGCCCAGAACUCACUGGGGAACGCCUCGAAGCCCCUCCGGCUGCAGGGGAAGCAGGGAGCGGUGCUCCUGAACGUGCUCCUGGGCACCGUGGCCGCCCUGGCCGGCGCGCUGGCCGCGGGCGCGCUGCUCUUCGCCUACUGGAUUGAGGUGCUGCUGCUGUGCCGGACCUGCCAGGACCAGGACGAGACGCUCGGGGAUAAAAAGGAGUUUGAUGCUUUCAUCUCCUACGCGAAGGGGAGUGCCUCCGAGAGCGAGCCCGUCUUCCCUGUGAGUGAGGACCGCCUGGCCCUGAAGCUGUUCCCUGAAGUUCUGGAAAACAAAUAUGGCUACACCUUGUGUUUGCUUGAAAGAGACAUGGCCCCGGGAGGAGUGUACACAGAAGACAUCGUGAGCAUUAUCAAGAAAAGUAGAAGAGGAAUCUUCAUCUUAAGCCCCAACUAUGUCAACGGACCCAGUGUCUUUGAACUGCAAGCAGCAGUGAGUCUUGCGUUGGAUGAUCAGACGCUGAAGCUCAUUCUAGUGAAGUUCUGUCCCUUCAAAGAGCCAGAAUCCCUACCUGACCUGGUGAGGAAGGCUCUCCGGGUCUUGCCCACAGUCACGUGGAGAGGCUUAAAGUCGGCGCCUCCCAAUUCCAGGUUCUGGACUCGCAUGCGCUACCACAUGCCUGUGAAAACGCCCCCGGGCUCCUGUGGAGCCGCUUCAGGGUCAUCUCCAGGGCUUUCUCACUGGGACGACUCGGUAAAGGCAGAGGCCGCUGGGCGGAGCUCCCAGACAGGCACCGGUGA